UCGGCAAUUUUAUAUAAAGCGAAAGCAUCAUCGUGAUUCUCACUUGACCCUUUAUCCUUCAACCAAAGCCUAGUAUAUAUCGACUUUACGCUUAGAAAUCCUGCACUGCCCGAUUCAUAUCAGUUGAAGUUACUGCUACUACCUCGAGUCCGACCCAACCCAACCUAACCUAGACUGCCAAGCACAACACACCAACAAAGGGACGACGAAAGCAACAUGAGUGGUGAAAACCAAGCUUUCUUCUAUGGAACGCUGAUGGCUCCCGAAGUGUUCUUUAGCGUUUGCUAUGGUGAUAGACAGCCACCAAAGGCGAUCCAGGACCUCCACACAUUCACGCCUGCUAUUCUAGAUGGUUACUGUCGCCACAGAGUUCAGUCUGAAGAUUACCCAGCCAUCAUUGCGGAGCAAGGACACUGCGUGCGGGGUGUGUAUGCAACUGGCCUGACGGAGGCUAAUUUGCAAAAGCUGGAUAUUUUUGAAGGGAAUGAGUAUGAACGGAUUGACACCAAGGUCAGGUUGCUGAAGAGGGAGGGUGACAAAGAAGUCGACGGAGAGGUGAAGGAGGCGUCCGUAUAUGUGUUCCUGAACCCGGACGCGCUGGAGAAGCGCGAAUGGGAUUUUGAAGACUUUCGCCAAAACAAAAUGAAGAUGUGGACACGAGGAGACUGGGUGUUUCCCGAUGAUAAUCGGACGGCGAAUGUCGUCGGCGCUUAGUCGUCGAAUGCAGAGGCGACACGUAUGGCGCAUGCGACAAGUUCAGCAGCUAGAUAGAUUUUUGUAUGGUAAUGCUAUGUAUAUUUGGAAGAAUUGGUAGUGGAUGAUGAAUGAUACAACCAUGUCAUGUGUAUUAGACAAGAAAAUACAAGACGAAACGAAAGACGUGAUAUUUCAGCCAUCCUCGCAGCAAAGCAUACAUCAGCUUUUCUAUGAAUGUUGCGCACCGUGGCAGAGUGACGUCUGGUCUGCGCAGCAUAUCUAGAAU